UAUUUCAGUUACUGGCGGUCGUUAAAGCAGUAAAGAUGGAAAUAAAAGUGUUACUAGUGCUUUUCGCGUUUAUCGGAUGUUCUGUGUCACAAAGAUUAAGUUGUAAUUAUGAAUUGAGGACAUUAAAUGGCCGACAACAAUAUACUUGCUAUAUGAGCAUUGAUAAUCCAAAUGGUUUUGACAAUUUUACACAAGUUGAAGGCUUCCACUUCCCAGGAAUGAAUAAUGUGUUUGUGACAGCAAUCAUAAGGAAUACAACAGGUUCAUCGACUCCAAAUGUCCCAGAAAUAAUUUGCUCACAGUUCCCUCAUGUGACUUACAUCGAUUUAUCUUUCUUGAACUUACAAGAAGUUGGUGAAAAUGCAUUUAGAGGAUGUAGAAAUUUGGAUUGGUUGAGAUUAUACAGCAACAGCAUUCCAAGACUUCCUGACAAUUUAUUCAUCCACAACAGACAUUUGACAUACAUCGACUUAGACAGAAAUUUAUUCACAACUCUUCCAGAAAAUCUUUUUGCUAAUCAACUUGCCUUGCUGACUUUAGAUCUCAACAAUAAUCAUUUUACCAAUUUUCCAAAUGGAAUCUUCAGAAAUUUAUGGAAUCUUAGAAUUCUCUAUUUGAGAGCUGGUUCCUUGCCAACAAUUAAUCCAGCAUGGUUCGCAAAUUUAAUCAACCUUAACUUCCUCGACCUUUCCUACAAUGAAUUUACUCAAGUGAUUCCACCAAAUGCAUUCGAAAAUUUAAUUCAACUUGAAACUUUUUAUUUGGUUAGAACUGGUUUGAGGACAUUUGAUCAAAUGUGGCUGGAAAAUAUGGCACAUCUUCAAUCUUUGUACUUGUACAGUAAUCAAUUAACUUCAAUUCCACCACUUUUCCUUGUCAACUCACCAAAUCUUUUGAGAAUCGACUUAUAUAACAAUACAAUUACUGAAGUGUCACCAAAUGCAUUUGAUAACCUGCCACGACUAAUUGAGAUAGAUUUGGACAGAAAUAGGUUGACUAGAAUGCAUCCACAAUGGUUCGCAGGAAAACCAAAUUUGCAGUUUGUUUAUCUCGAUUUUAAUCAAAUCACUAGCAUCCCAAUUGGAGCUUUUGCAGAAUCUAAUAAUUUGCAGACACUAAGCUUGUGGGAUAAUAGGAUUAGAACCAUCAAUCGCAAUUCAUUCGGAAAUUUGCAAAAUUUAAGAACACUUGAUUUGGAUGGAAAUGCAGUCAAUUCUGUUGAUGACAGAUUUUUGAGGGAACUUACGAAUUUGUAUUACUUCUACUUUACUCAAAAUGCAUGCGGAAGUUUCUUCAUCUUCAAUUUUGCUGGAAAUCUUGAAGAAAAUAUUCAAAGGUUCUCAACAUGUGUGAGAAAUUUCGGAUUUAAUAUUGAAAGAACAACAGAAGCUGGCAGCAAUUAUAACUUUAUCAAUGGAUAUCAUCCUGGCAUGCAUGUUGAAGUGAACUCACAGCAAGAAAUCAAUAUUGCACUUACACCAUUUAAUGUCGCAUGGAUCCCAAUGGUUGAAAUUGUCUUCAAUAAUGAUACAGUCAGAAUUAUUAGAAAUCAAGAUACUCAAGUCGCUAUUGUUCCAAAUCUUGGAACAUUUAAACCCGGUGGUGGAAAUAGAUUCAGAGUUUCAUGGUUCAGACAAGUUGUGUCUGUCUUUGAUGGAGGUGAUGCUUUCCCAUUCAUUUCUUAUACAAUGGAGGACUGGGUUCCAAUUAAUUUUGUAGGAUUGAGAUCACCUUGUGAUUAUGAUUUAAGGAAUUAUGGAGGUCAUAAUGGAUAUUCAUGUACUUUAGCCAUUGAUAAUCCAGAAGGAUGGAACAAUUUUACUAGAAUUGAAGGGCAGCAUUUUCCAGGAUUAAAUAAUGUCUUUGUGACAGCAGUUGUUACUAGAUAUUUGUCAGUAAGUCGCAAUGUUCCUCAAAUUAUUUGCUCACAAUUUCCACACGUCACUUACAUUGACUUGAGUAGUCUUCAAAUUGAGGAUGUUGAUGAAAAUUCAUUCAGAGGAUGUAGAAAUUUGGAAUGGCUGAGAUUAUAUAACAACAGGAUUGUUCGACUUCCAGAGAAUUUAUUCAUCCAUAAUAGACAUUUGAAGGAACUUGAUUUCCAACGAAACUUGUUAACAACUCUGCCUGAAAAUCUUUUAGCAAAUCAAUUGACACUUGAGAUUCUCGUCUUUGAUUUUAAUCCAAUAACAACAUUUCCAAAUGGAGUCUUUAGGAAUUUAUGGAACCUAAAAGUCCUAGGACUGUACCAAGCAAGCUUAAAUACAAUUCAUCCAGCAUGGUUCCAAAAUUUAAUCAACCUUGAAGUUCUCGAUUUAACAUCGACUCCUUUAAAUCAAACAAUUCCAGCUGAUGCUUUCCAAAAUCUUAAUCAACUUAGUAAUUUAUUCAUGGCUCAGUGCAGCAUUAGAACAUUAAAUUCACAAUGGUUCCGAAACAUGCCACAUCUUACUUAUUUAUCUAUGUAUUUGAAUAAUAUAGAAGCAAUUCCAGACAACAUGUUUAACAACAUGCCAGAUCUUUUUCAACUUGACUUGGGACUCAAUCAAAUUAGUGAAAUUUCUGCAAGUGCAUUUGAUAACCUGCCAGGUUUACUAUUUAUGGCUAUUGAUUAUAAUAGUGUCACUAGUCUUCAACCACGAUGGUUUGCAGGCAAAACAGAAUUAAUUGAGCUUUACUUGGAUUUCAAUUCCAUUCCUUCAUUACCUGCUGGUGUCUUUGCAGACUUGAAUUCUCUUUAUAAUCUUAACUUAUGGAGCAAUAGGAUCAGAACAAUAAGCCGCAACUCUUUUGGAACAAUGCAGAAUUUAAGAAAUGUCGAUAUACAGCGAAACGAUAUUAAUUCUAUUGACGAAAGAUUUUUAAGAGACGCUUCAGUCCUUAACUUGAUUUACUUAAAUCAAAACAUGUGCAUUAGUCGAGCAUUCUUAAAUUUUGCAAAUAGAAUCGAGCAAUAUAUUGCUGAAUUUGCAAGCUGCAUCAGGAAUUUUGGAUUUAUCGCUGAGAGAACAACGGAAGCAGGUGUAGAUUACAAUUUUGUACCUGGUUUCAACCCUGGCAUGCAUGUUGAAGUUAAUUCCGAUCAAGAAAUAAGAAUUGCAUUGACACCUUUUAAUUUUGUAUGGACUCCAAUGAUUGAGAUUGUUUUCAAUACUGACAUAAUAAGAGUUAUUAGGAAUCGAGCUACAGACGUUGCUGUCAUACCAAAUCAAGGAAUUUUCACACCCGGAGCAGGAAACAGAUAUAGAAUCACUUGGUCAAGACAAGUUGUUUUGGUGUUUGAAGGAAAUGAUGAAUUCCCAUUUUUAGCUUAUACUAUGGAAGAUUGGUUCCAACCAAAUUUCUUGGGAUUGAGAUCGCACUGUGAAUAUGAAUUGAGAUGGAUUGGAAGUGAUCCAAGAUAUUCGUGUACUCUAAACAUCCAAAAUCCAGAAGGAUGGGACAAUUUUACUCAAAUUGAAGGAACUCAUUAUCCUGGCAUGAAUAAUGUCUUUGUGACAAUAGUUUAUGCAAGAUAUUUGUCAGUAACUCGUAAUGUCCCACAAAUUAUUUGCUCGCAAUUUCCACACGCAACUCUUAUCCAAUUGGCUGCAUUAGGAAUAGAAGAAGUUGGUGAAAAUGCUUUCAGAGGAUGUAGGAAUUUGGAGAUUUUGAGACUUUAUAACAACCGAAUCCCACAACUUCCAGAAAAUUUAUUAACCCACAAUAGACAUUUAUUGGAAAUUGAUUUAGAAAGGAAUUUGCUGACAACUUUGCCUGAAAAUCUUCUUGAAAAUCAGCUUGCUUUAGAGCAACUUAUCCUUGAUUUCAAUCCAUUGACGAAUUUACCGAAUGGAGUAUUUAGGAAUUUAUGGAACCUAAAAAUACUUUUCUUAUAUCGUGCCAGACUAUCAACAGUUCAUCCAGCAUGGUUCCGAAAUUUAAUCAACCUUCAAGUUCUUGAUAUGAACAAUAAUCCAUUAAGUCAAACAAUUCAUCCGGAUGCCUUCGAAAAUCUAGGACAACUUCAAAUCCUCUAUCUAGCUGCAUGCAGCAUUGGAAAUUUUAAUCCACAAUGGUUCCGUAAUUUGCCCCAUCUUAUUUAUUUAAUUCUGUAUGGGAAUGAAAUAACUGAAGUUCCAGCAAAUAGUUUUGAAAAUUCACCUUACCUUCUUGUUCUUGACAUAGGGAUCAACAGGAUACGUAAUAUAUCUCCAGAUGCAUUUAAUAAUUUGCCAAACUUAAUGGACUUGUCUCUUGAUUACAAUGAAUUGACAAGUAUACAUCCACGAUGGUUUGAAGAGAAGUUUGCACUGGUACAACUUUACUUCGAUUUCAAUACAAUCACUUCUAUCCCAAUUGGUGCAUUUACAGAUUUAAAUGCUCUUAAUUCUCUUAGUUUUUUUGGAAAUAGAAUCAGAACCAUAAAUCGUAAUUCUUUUGGAACAAUGCAGAGUUUACGAGAAGUUGAUUUUGAGGGCAACGCGAUUAAUUCAAUUGAUGAGAGAUUUUUGAGGGAUGCAUCCAGACUUUACAGUUUGUAUUUAAAUAGAAAUGUCUGUAUUGAUAGGUUCUUCUGGGAUUUUGCAAAUGGAAUUGAACAAAAUAUUCAAGAAUUAGAAAUCUGCAUGAGAAAUUUUGGAUUCAGUGCUGAGAGGACAACGGAAGCAGGUGUAGAUUACAAUUUUGUACCUGGUUUCAACCCUGGCAUGCAUGUUGAAGUGAAUUCAGAACAAGAAAUAAGAAUUGCAUUGACACCUUUUAAUUUUGUAUGGACUCCAAUGAUUGAGAUUGUUUUCAAUGCUGACAUAAUAAGAGUUAUUAGGAAUCGAGCUACAGACGUCGCUGUCAUCCCAAAUCAAGGAAUUUUCACACCCGGAGCAGGAAACAGAUAUAGAAUUACUUGGUCAAGACAAGUUGUUUUGGUUUUUGAAGGAAAUGAUGAAUUCCCAUUUUUGGCUUAUACUAUGGAAGACUGGUUCCAACCAAAUUUCUUGGGAUUGAGAUCGCAGCACAGCAGAGCGUCUUGGUUCUUGGAGCCAAUUCAAAUACCUCAAACAAACUGAAAGAUUCUUUAAAAUAAUAAUUUGCUUUAUCAAUUUUAAAAUUGAGCACAUAAAGUUUACAAAUAAAGUUUUUAAACUCGCCAAAACUUAUGAUUUGCCAA